CGAAGAUGAAGAUUUUAUUUAUUGUUUGUAAAAGUUUUAACUUGACCGGUUUUUAGUUGAAAUACUUUUUUAUGUUGCCGUUUGUUAUAAAAUAGGCAACUAAAAAUGAAUAUUACAAGCAGCGUAAAUGUGUCGGUUGAAACAACGUGUGAAAAUCAAAUACAGGAAAUUACCUACGAUGGCACCGAAAUCUAUCAACCGCCACCCACUCUAUCUGAAACGCUAGCUCGCUGUGCAGCGCGAAUCGAUUUCAGUAAAACUUCUCUCGACGAUUUGAAAAAGGAAGACAAGUCUACGGAAGAUGAGAAAGAUCCAUCACAAUUUCAGCCAAGCCUGUGGCCUUGGGACUCAGUUCGAAACAAAUUAAAUGAUGCUUUCACGGAAGUUUGCGUGCUUUCUGAUGUCAUAACAAUAGCUAAAGAUAAACGUUACUUAGUUUUGGAUCCUGUUCCAGAAGAUCCCGACGAGACUAAACCUAUUGUUCAAGUUUAUAGUCGUAAAAAGGCUUUGGGACAAGCAGCACAGGUUCUUUUAGGUGGCGCUGAGCGUCUGCGUAAUUCACAUAGUGAGCAACGAAACCGCAAUGUAACAGAUUUUCACAUAGAACUACUUCGACUGCGACAGAAUUGGCGACUAAAGAAAGUUUCCAAUGCUAUUAUUGGUGAUUUAAGUUAUCGCACUGCUGGAUCGAAAUUCGGAAUGAGUGGCACAUUCGAAGUGACAAAAGCUGAAGAUGUAACUGAUGAUGACAAUGCGUCAGGAAGUAUUGCAUGUAGUGGGAAUAAUGGCUUGCCCACUCAAUCACCAAAAACCACUUCAUCCUUGCGAGUUAUUGUGCCGGCCGAACUACAAGGAGUAGCCUACAUAAAAGUUAUCACUCAAAAAGAUCAGGAAGAUCUAUGCACUGCUAAUGUUAAUCUUAUGGGACAUGGACCUAAUAUAACACAGCAGGCAGGUGUUUGGCAGAAAACUUUAGAAUUUGCACAAAAUGUACUAUUUUGUAAAGAAUUAUUCUCUCAGCUUGCACGCGAAGCCAUUCAGUUGCAAGCCCCCAUACCGCAUGUUGUUAUUGGCAAUCAGAUUCGUGCCACUCUUCUCCCAGGAAUACAACUCAUUAUUUCACUAUGUCACUCCACAACCUUCGAUUCCAGCCAACCGGGACCAAUAAAUGACCAUGAUCAUGUGCUUGAACAUUCAUUGCAUCAACUUUUGCGUGAAGUACAUCACAAGAAUUCUCAUCAUCCUUUUCCACAUCCAACAAGUGGACCAUUAGGGCCCAGUAAAAAGCGCAUGCUUGCUGGUCCUAAGGCGGCAGAUCGUCAAAGUUUACUUGAGAUGACCAAGUCGCAAACUAUACUGGAACAAAUAAUUGCCCAAGCCCAACAUAUAUUUAUGCGCAAACGGACGCAAUACGUAUUAGACACUUUAGCGCGUGAUGUUAAGGAUCCUCAGAUUGUGUCACAUUGGAAUGCAAUGAAUAGUCCAACCAUGUCAUGUGUGAAGAUUAAUAUUGUGACCCAUGGCUACGACACCAUAAAUCGUACGUCUCUGGUAAUACACGUAAAGGAGCGUUCCCUAAAAUGCAUUUGCCGUGAUGGCCGUGUAAUGCAUCUUUCGUACGAGCCACAGGAGUUGCGCGAUCUUAUACUUUGUCAGAUAAAUUCGCACCAGAUAUCAUGUUUGCUAAAUUUGGCGCGCUGUAUGGCUUGGACGGUUCUAUCUAAUAGCAACAACCUCGGCAUUGGCAAAGUCGAACCUCUGGGCAAUGCUAGUUCUUGUUUAUUGGCUUCACCGAAUGGUGAUCGUAUGAUCGCGGUGCAAAUACGUUGCGACCCGCAAAUCGAUGUUAAGGUUUAUAUUGCUCGGAGUCCACGCCCAGACUUUAUACCCAAUCCACUGGUGCCAGAGAAAUUCUGGGAAAAUUUAGGAGGUCAUUUCAAAGAAGUCCGCUUUGACAAAAUCGAAGGUAAGAGUUUCCUCAAUAAAAUGGAGUUCUUGAUGGCGGCGCUUACCAGCGAUUCGAUAUAAAAAUCCAUGCCUACCAUACGUACUUAUCCUAUGGGCCAAUCAAUUUUAUUUACAUAAUUGUGUAGAAAUAAUAAUUUUAAAUUAAGUCAUGUUAUAACUUGCUCAAAUACACUUCAUUUCUUUAAAAAUGCGGCGGGUUUGAAAAAAAA